CGGUUUCCCCAAUUGCUGGGACGCUCUCGGCCGGCUGGUGGUGGAGCUCUUGGCUUCGCCGCCCCACGCGGCCACUACGAGCCACGACUCGGGCAGGAGAGAAUCUAUCCGGCAUCCAUCCCCUCUCUCGCUCCGGCGACAGCGCGCGCGCGCGCGACAAUGCCGCUGCCGGUGGCGCAGGUGCAGGAGCUGCGGGACCGGCUCUCCGACCGCUUCCGCCCGUGGAGCCGAUCCGCGCAGUUCUGGGUCCGCGCCGUCGACAUCUACGGCAGCUACAAGGUGUGUCAGUUCCGGGCGGGCUUCAUCAGGGACGAGGAGGAGCGGGAGGCCAUGUGGGAGCGGCAGCACGAGAUCGGCGCACAGAAGAUGUACUCCCUCUGCUCCGAGCUCGGCGGCCUCUUCCUCAAGGCGGCUCAAAUUCUAGGCAAGCCCGAUCUGGCGCCAAUGGCCUGGGUGAAAAGGCUCGUUACUCUCUGCGACAAGGCGCCGUCCACGCCCAUCGAAGUUGUCCGAGAGGUCGUGGAGAGGCAGUUCUGCAAGAGCUUCGACGAGAUUUUCGAUUACUUUGAAGUCGAGCCUGUUGGGUCUGCUUCCAUUGCGCAGGUGCAUCGAGCGAGGCUUAAAUCAUCCAAGACGGAUGUUGCUGUCAAGGUUCAGCAUCCAGGGGCUGAAAGGUUGAUGAUGGUUGAUAUCCGGAACAUGCAAGCAUUUGCCUUGUUCUUACAGAAGUAUGACAUCAACUUUGAUAUGUUCUCUGCCACCAAAGAGAUGGAGAAGCAGAUAUGCUAUGAGUUUGAUUUUGUGCGAGAAGCGAGAGCAAUGGAAAGAAUACGAGAAUUCCUACGCGUCACCAAUAAGAAACCUCCGGUUAUGGUGCCUCGUGUGAUUCCUGGAAUGAUCAGCAGGGAGGUCUUGGUCAUGGAAUUCAUAGAAGGGACCCCAAUAAUGAAUCUUGGCAAUGAAAUGUCUAAAAGAGGCAUUGAUCCUGGUGGUAAGCUUGCAGCAAUGGCAAAGCAGAAGAUUCUAACAGAUCUUACACUUGCUUAUGGCCAAAUGAUCUUGAAGGAUGGCUUUUUCCAUGCAGACCCACACCCAGGAAACAUCCUUAUCUGCAAGAACACAGAGGCAACUUUACUUGAUUACGGACAAGUGAAAGAAAUGCCAGAGGAUUUACGACUGGCUUAUGCUAAUCUUGUAAUUGCAAUGGCUGAUGGUGACCUUUCGAGGAAUAAAGAAGGUCUCAGGGAACUUGGUUUGGAAACAUCGAGUAUAGUAGACAACGAGUUAGAAGAACUGUUUGAGUUAUCUCUUAGAAUGUUUGAUACAAGAUUACCACCUGGAGUAACUGUUCUCUCUCCCUUUGCUGAAGAUUCUUCACUGACUAAAGUUGGAGUAGAGAACUUCCCAGAGGAGUUAUUUUCAGUGCUUCGAACAAUACAACUGUUGCGGGGGCUGACUGUUGGGAUGGGCCUCCGUUUCUCUUGUGCUCAGCAAUGGAAACCAAUUGCCCAGGAAGCUUUGUUAAAGGCUGGGAGAGUACAAGAUGUCAAAUCAAAAAGACCAAGAAGGAAUUUUCUUAGAAGGCUGUUUUAGAUAGAUAGAGAAGCAAUAUGUGAAACGUUUUGAAACGAACUGGCUGUAGCCAAAAGGCUAAAGCCCUCAAUUCUAAUGCAUCUGUAGAUCUUCUAUACAUUGCGAUGCGGGCAAUUCUUUUUGCGAGGUUGUAGCGAGAAGGUAUUUGAUACCGAUUGUUCUGUGUGUUGUAGUAUCACAGAUUCACACUCUCAUUUAUGACGAGAAACGUGUAUUUCCAAGAAAGAAAAAAGGAAUAAGAGAAGCAUGUACAAUUUGGUUUGGAUUCUAA